AACCGGCCAUUGACAAAUCAAAUGAGUCACUCUCCGCGUUUACAAAAGAGCAACAACAUUUGAGUUUCAACAGCUUAACUUCAAUUUUUUUCCUUGGCCACAAAGGAAAACCGAACUGUUGGGAAAACAACGAAAAAAAGCAAUAAUUUAACAAAGAAAAGUAUAAUCAUGGCAGAUCCACGUCUCAGACAGUUAACCAUUAAAACGGGUGUUGUCAAGCGUUUGACCAAGGAAAGAACCGUCUAUGAACGAGAGAUUACAACAGAACGUAAUCGUUUGGAGAAGUUUAAGAACGAAGGAGCUGAUGAGCAUGUUUUGAAGAAACAGGAGGAAGUUAUACAGGAGUGUCUUAUGAUGAUACCGGAUGCAUUGAGAAGAUUAAAGGAACAAGUUGAACUUUUGGAAAAGUUCUUAGAAGAUGAAAAAGAACUGGAAGAAUCAAAGGAAUAUCAAACUGCAUCACAGGUCUUAGCCGAAGCAAAAGAAGUCCUAAGCAAGUCAUAACUACGUUCACACAAUUCCAUUUAAAUCUCAGCCUUUAAGGAUUAUUUAAGCAUUUAUAUUUUAACUUUUUUUAUUACAUUAGCAUUUACUAAUCAAUGCAAAAAGAAAAAGAACCUAAAACAUGUCUUCUAAUAAAUCAAACAAUUGCACAACUCA